AUGGCCAAGGGUAAUUUUACUACCGCAGUGCUCCUUUCUCCUAUUGUAGACAGUACUACUUCUGCCGCUGCAGCCGAAGCCAGCGCCAGCCACUUGGAGACCAGGACGCCCACAGUCACCCCCAGCACUGCUUCCCCAGGAGUCCCUGAAGCCCAAGCACACGAUGACUCCACAGACGAGGAGGACAUGGAGCAGGAGUCGGCUGCCCUGGCCGGACGGCAGCAAGUCCCUUGGGCCGGCUUCGAGAAGGUCUUCACCUUCGUGCGACAGAAGGGGAAAAACCUGGUGGUGCAAUGCAAUUGCUGCCUUCCGGCCAUCAAGCACUUGAGCUCAGCCAUCAACUCCUCAUCCAACCUGAGGAAGCAUUUGGAGAGGGCACAUCCUGGGAUGCUGAGAGUAAUCAGAAGUCUAAAAAAGGCAAAGAAACGCGGCCUCACAGGCCUUGCUGCGGCCGCCGCGGUUGCCGCCGAUGUUGCCGCGGAGGGGCUUGCCGGUCACACGAAGCGGAGCAGCACCACAGGAGCCCGGAUCACAGAGUCACCCAAUGUGGCCGAAGUCCAGUCCCAGGAGGAUUCAAUGAAUGAGGAGGAGACAGAACAGACGGUCACGAUUGAACCUGCACAGUCACAGGAAGCAUUGGCAGGCUCAGAGGCAGACGCAGCACUUUCCUCAGAGAGUAAUGUGGCUGCUGUUGAGGCAAAUGUCAACGCAGAGGUGAGGAUCCUCCCAAUCAUCCACAGCGGUGAGUCCCAGAUUGUGGAGACUCAGCCGCACGAAGGCUCUGCACACGAGGAGGAGGCGGAGCCGCAGCCGAGCGCCCCGGCUUCACGCCAGCAGGACCCUUUCGCGGGCUUAGAGAAAGCAUUCACCUUUGUGCGCCAGAAGGGGGGAAGUGUGCUGAUGCAAUGCAACUACUGCCUGCCGGUCAUCAAAAAUGUCAGCUCCGCCGUGAACUCAGCCACCAACUUGAGGAAACAUUUAGAGAAGGCACACCCUGAGAAACUGGGAACAUCUGAAAACGCAGGAAAGGGGAAGAAGCGUGGCUUUUUUGAAGAGCUGCUGGACGAUGAUGAUGAUCCGCCUUCGAUCAAAAUGUUGAAGCAACAGCAGCAACAGCAGGCCACCCUGGAGAGGUGGGGAUCGGGCAAGGAGCAGAUCACCCAGAAGAUUCUCGACCGGAAAAUCAUGGAUUUCAUUGUGGACGAAACUUUGCCUCUUCACACCGUAGACCGGCCGUCCUUCGUCGGGUUGGUCCGCCUCGGCCUCCCAAAGUGCCUGACCAUCAUGUGCUCCAAGACUCUGAGGGACAGCAUCGAGAAGAGAGCGGCCAGUAUGCAGGAAAGGCUCCUGCGGCGGCUGGGUGCCGUGGAACAUGUGGCAACCACCGCGGACUGCUGGACGUAUGGCAAGAGGCGUUUCCUGGGGGUCACAGCCCACUGGAUCAACCCAACGACGCUGGAGCGUGAGUUCGGGGCCUUGGCUUGUAAGCGCCUCAAAGGGCGCCCCACUUACGAGGUGCUUGCGAAAACCCUGUGCAAGGUUUACAAGAAGUACAAGAUCCACGGCAAAGUUGUGUGCACCACCACGGACAAUGGCUUCAACUUUGUGAAAGCGUUUCGGUUUUUCGAGACCAAAGAACCGGCCGAUGCUGCAGACAGCAGUGCAGAUGAUAACGUAGAAGAUGAAAGUGACAGUGACAGUGAUGAGGGUAAUGGUCAUCGCCAUGAUGAUGAGGAGUCCGACGAUGAGGAGAUGGAGGUGGAGUUUGUGCCCAUCUCCGAGAUGUUGAAUGGCAGCAACAAGGCAAAAGCAGAAGCGGGGGAUUCUGGGGAUUUCGGCUUACCCCCGCACCAGCGAUGCGCCAGCCACACCCUCAACCUGGUGGCCACCCAAGAGGUCCAAGCCAUGGUGACCAACUCCUCCCCAAAUAGUCCUCUGGCUCUUUUCAGAAAACACUUUUGCUCCUUGAUGGGAAAAUGCAGCAAGCUGUGGUCCAAGCAGGAGCAGUCGGAGCAGAUUGCAGAGUACAUCCACAAGCAGUACGGGGUGUAUCUGAUGGUGCCGGACAAGACCAGGUGGCACUCCACCUUUGAAGCCCUGAAGCAGCUCAGUGAGCUCCUCUCCAGCAUGCCGCUGAAGCUGGAUACCAUAAUGGACCAGUGUUCUCUGGCCAGGAUCACGACGGCCGAGGCUCUGGUCCUGCAGGAAUACACAGAGGUCAUGGGUCCCCUGGCUCAGGCCCUUGACAUCCUGCAGCAGGACAACGGCAUGUUCAUGGGGUACCUGCUCCCCACUCUGUACAACCUGGACCGCAAGCUCCAGGGCUUGGAGAAGGAACCCGCCAGGUACACAUAUUGCCUUCCCCUCUUGAAGGGGGUCCGCAAGGCGCUCCGGAAACGGUUUGCACAUAUUUGGGAGGACAAGAAGCUUCUGCUGGCGGCUUGCCUCCACCCUCGCUUCAAAGUCGACUGGUUGGAAUCGGCACAGAACUCCCAGACAAACAGGUGCAUGAUGGAAACCUUGUUGAAAGCCGAAAUCAGGGGCACAGUUGAGGAGGCCGGGGACAAGUCCUCGGAGAAGGACCCCGAAGGAGCCAGUUUGGAGGACGAGUUCUUCAACAUCCCUCCCCGGGAGAAGACCUCGGCCCAGGAGGACUCUGUGGAGGAGGAGGUGUCGCGGUACCUGCGGUCGCCCAGCAGGGAGGUCUCCUUGCUCCACGCCUUCCCUCGCGUCAUGCAGAGCUUCCUGCAAUACAACACGGGGAUGCCUUCGAGCGCCGCCAUCGAACAGCUCUUCAGCACUGGCGGUAAAGUCAUGACCGUCAAGAGACAUUCCUUGUCCGACGAGCUCUUUGAGCAGCUGGUGCUUCUAAGGCAGAACAGGGCGGUAUUUUAAAAGCAGGCUUUUAGGAUAUUAUAUAUUUUUUGUUUCUUUUUGAGUUUUAUUCUGUGCAUUGCUCUGGGGUAUUGCUACCAGGAGGGGGAGGGAGGGUGGGAGGGUCUGGGCAUAGUAUUAUGCCACUAUCUAUUAUUAAUCCUAUGGAUAAACUUGUUACUCAAUCCUCUGUGUGUGUCUAUUCAU